CCGAUCGGUACAAGAUUUCAAUUUAUCCAAAAAAUCCCGAUUCGCCGAUCUAGAAGACGACGACGACCAACAAACUCCGAAUCUCCGAAGAGUCACCGCAUCGUCGUGACCUUCAAGCUUCUCAGAAAUGUCACAGCUAGUCACCGGCAACAGUAUCCCUCUCAGUGAAGUCUACUGGUCUCUCGUCAACAAAGCGGAUAAAAAAUUCUCCAAAAUCAGAGACUUACCUUUCUACGAACGCAGCAGGUAUGAAAACUAUUUCUUCAAGGUGUUCAAAGUGUACACACAGCUUUGGAAGUUUCAGCAAGAGAAUCGUCAGAAGCUUGUGGAAGCUGGACUCAAGAGAUGGGAGAUUGGAGAGAUUGCAUCUCGGAUUGCGCAGCUUUACUAUGGACAUUAUAUGCGUACGAGUGAUGCUGGUUACUUGGCUGAGUCCUAUGUGUUCUACGAAGCGAUUUUGACUAGAGAGUAUUUUAAAGAUGGGUUGUUUCAGGAUGUCAAUAUUGCGAACAAGCAGCUAAGGUUUCUUGCGAGGUUUCUUAUGGUGUGUUUGGUGUUAGGCCGUCGAGAGAUGGUGCAUCAACUCGUUGAGCAGUUUAGACGGUUGAUUGAUGAAUGCAAGAGGACUUUCCAGGAAACUGAUUUUAAAGAAUGGAAAGUGGUGGCGCAGGAAGUAGUUAGAUUUCUAAAAUCUGACACUGCUUUCAUGAACAUCAGACCUCUAAGAUACAGCCUUGUGCUGGAUCCUAACCUGGAUGCUAGUACACCUCGUGCAAGUAGGUCUUUAAGGCUGACAGAUGCAAUCUUGAGCAGUUAUCACUACAAUGAGGUCAAGUAUUCAGAGCUCACACUUGAUUCAUUCAGGAUGCUUCAAUGUUUAGAGUGGGAACCGAGCGGUUCCUUAUACCAGUCAACUGGUCCCAAAAUGGGUCCGAAUGCUCCUACUGGAGCUGCUCGCAUAAACUCUCAGAACAUGACUGAUCCUACUUUGCCGCCUAACCCUCGCAAAGCUGUCCUGUAUCGUCCAUCCAUAACACAUUUUUUGGCUCUUCUGGCAACCAUUUGUGAGGAGCUUCCUUCUAAUGGCGUACUUUUAAUAUACCUCUCUGCUUCUGGAAAGAUUGGACAAACUUCCUUAUCUCCUUUGGGUGGUAGAAGUGUAACUAGCGUUGAGGAGAAUAUUUUGAGAGACUUUGAGUCUCAUACAAUCAAACAAGAGGGAGACCCAUCACUUCAAAUAAAGUCAUCUGGUGAAGCAUCUGGUCAGUCUUUGAGGCAAAUCAGCGAGGAUGCAGUGAGUGCUCCAAGUGGUUUGUAUUUUAGCAGUCAUGGACUCACAGGGCCAAGCUGCAUCUAUCCCUCUGAUUUAGUUCCAUUCACAAGGAAACCUCUUUUCAUUAUUAUUGACAGUGAUAACAGCACAGUCUUUAAGAACAUUUGUGGAGUAGAGAAAGGAGAACCAGCCGCAUUGCUUCUGUCUCCAUCAUAUACGCCUCCACUUAUCUCUGCUGAUUUCUCUCGUCAACCUAGUGGUAGCCUCUUCACAAUUUUUCUCACAGCACCUGUCCAAGCAUUUUGCUUGUUAAUCGGGAUUUCAGGCUCUGAUAUGGAAACGGAUGUUUUUACUAAGGCAGAGAGGGUUCUUUCCUCGUCUAUGAAUGAAUGGGCUUCGACUUUGGCAGCAUCAGAUACCCUUCACCCCGUUUGGUCGCAGAUUCUAAAAGAUCCUUUCUUGAGACGACUUCUCCUAAGAUUCAUAUUCUGCCGAGCUGUCUUGGCACUGUACACUCCAGUCCUAAAUAACAAACAAUAUCAACCAGAGUGCUUUCCGUCUGUCCCGGAAUCGCUAUUACCAACCGCUCCUGCCGUUCAAGCCGCUGUGCUUCAGAUGGCCAAUGUAUUUGGAGGAACAAGCAAGUUUACUCUACCUCAAGAUAUCACAAUGCUCUAAAGCUUCCUCUAAGAGUAGGAAAAAUUCUUGUGCAAAUCGGUAAAUCUCGGUUUGAUUUCCCUUCCAAGGGGUUAACUAUGAUUUCAGAUUUGAACUGGUCUUGGAGUCUGAGGACCGAACCUCUUUUGAGAUUUAUAUGGCUCAAAUACAUUUUUCUGUGUGAAAACUAACAAAGUGUUUGAUACAUACAUAUGAUUGAUUGGCUCUGGUGUUAUCUUCAUUUGAAAAGAAAAAAAUGGUUUUAUAAAAUCCACAGGAGCAAAAUCAUCCAAAUGAGUAAAGAAACUAAGAAUUUCAAACUUGAGAGAAUUAAAGUUUCAUGCAGCUAAAUCCUUGAUCAUAUCUUCCUUACUACUACCAUCAUUGAUCCCCAUCUUCAUCUGCUCAGCCACAAAGCACUUAGUAAUCACAUUACAAAACAAAUAAACAAACUUAACCGAGUCACGUGCCGGGACAGGAUACGUAAUCUUCUCAAAAAACUCCAACGGCACAUUCGGAUCAACAAUCGCAACAACCGGAAUCUGAAGCUUAGCAGCCUCCAAAAUCACCGAACUCUUCCUCUCAGUAUCAAACACAACAACACAAUCAGGCAUCGUCGUCGGACCAAAGCAAAGCUUCUUGUGCCUCGACCGAAACUUCUUAGGACUGUAACUGUUCGUCAAAAAGCCUCCCAUCUUCCACAGAUUCAUCGAACGGUUGUGAUUAUAAGUGUCUCCCUGGAUGCGACGUGAAGUGAGCUCGACGAUCUCGUCGAAGAGAGGGUUGGUGUUGACGAAGUAGAUGUUCCCUCUCAUGUGCGCGAGGUUGGCGACGAAAUUCGCGGCGCUGCGGAGGCAGAUUAGGGUUUUGUCGGAGUCGAUUAUGGUCAUUCCGUUGCGGGCUCCGUAAGCGUAUUGUUUGAAAUGGUGCUCGGCGGCGCGACGGCCGAGAUGGGAGCCGGUGUUGAGGAGCUUCUGGAUGACUGCCGCGUGGAGAGUCAUUGUUUGAUCGGAAAAAGCUAUCGAGAGAGGUGAUGAGACGUUAGGGUUUAAGAGGAGAACUGAAUCAGAUGUAGUGAGAGGUGCUGAAAAAAUGGAUGAAGCAUUAUCUGAGGUUAGAAUCCGGGUCGGGUAUGAACUAUUGGCCCAUUUCGGUAUUCCGAUAUGUAAAC